GUAGCUCCUCACCGCCUCCCUAGACCCUAACUGAGUUCGACACUCUAGGCGGAUCGGAGUCGGUCUUGGAUUGGAUUUCUUUUCUGCUGGUGAGGAAAGGUCGUGCAAUCGUAGAGGGGCCCUAGCCCGCUGAGAGAAUGGUUCACGUCUCCUUUUAUCGGAACUAUGGGAAAACUUUUAAGAAGCCAAGGCGUCCUUAUGAGAAGGAACGUUUGGAUGCCGAGCUGAAGCUCGUCGGAGAGUAUGGGCUCCGUGCCAAGAGGGAGCUCUGGAGGGUUCAGUAUGCUUUGAGUCGCAUUCGCAAUGCUGCCAGAAUGCUUCUCACCCUUGACGAGAAGAACCAGCGCCGUAUUUUUGAGGGUGAGGCGCUUUUGAGGAGGAUGAAUAGGUAUGGGCUUUUGGAAGAGAGCCAGAACAAGCUCGAUUAUGUGUUGGCUCUCACCGUGGAAAACUUUCUCGAGCGCCGCCUCCAGACUCUUGUUUUCAAGGCUGGUAUGGCUAAGUCCAUCCACCAUGCCAGGGUGCUCAUCAAACAGAGGCACAUUAGGGUUGGGAGGCAGGUGGUCAACAUUCCAUCCUUCAUGGUGAGAGUUGACUCGCAGAAGCACAUUGAUUUCUCACUCACGAGCCCCUUUGGUGGUGGACGCCCUGGUAGAGUGAAGCGAAAGAACCAGAAGGCUGCUUCCAAGAAGGCUGCUGGUGGAGAUGGAGAUGAAGAGGAUGAAGAAUGAGCUGUAAUGUUCAGUGAUAGUGAUUUUCAUUUAAUGUUAUAAAUUUGGUCUAGAGUUUGUACUGUUGAUCUUUCAAUCUCUUUCCUAUCCAUCAAUUAGAGGUUUUUGCGAAAUUUUAAACUUAGGGAGUUGUUAUAUUCUCUCUCGGCACUUUAGAUUACAUCUGUCAUUGUCUUUGGAAUAUAUAUUCAUUUGAUAAUUUUGACAGCCUUGUUUAAGA